AUGUUGCGCAUCGACCUCCUUCACCUUCUUCUAAUAAGCCUCGCGCUGGUUCGCGAUGGAAUCAACGUAAAGGGCCUGCCCUUCCAGCAGCUCUCUGCUCCCUCGAUAGAUCAGAGUACGAUGACCUCUGCACCCAACCCAGUCAUAGGCAAGAACAACUUUAUGGCCUCCGACGUGCUCGAUGACCCCUCGAGCUCAAUCAUUACCGAUGGCUCGCUGGUCGAUGCCAAGAAGCCCACUUUUCGUCCUUUGGAAGAGCCCUUGGAGAAUCUCGCUGUACAUUCCGACUCCUUGGCUGGCUCGACGACCAGCACCCUUGGCGCCAACUCGAUGUUGACGUCGGUGCCCUCGCCCACUGUCACUCAAGGAAGUGACGUGCAGGAAGGUACAAGCGCUCCACCUUCUUCUUCUCCCGAUUCUCCUAUGCCAUCUUCUUUGCUGCCGGCAGCAUCGUCAGUCCUUCUGAUCAAGGAUGGUGGAGAAGAAAUCAAGAAUGCCACGUCGAUGCUGAACGAUGGCAAGAACAUUGCAUCAGCCCCUGUGACGACAAGCUCCUCCAUUGUGCCGCCUUCGGGAGCCCCCACCACCUCCGCUCCGCUAGCGGGUAAUUCUGUUGCCAGCGCCACUACAGCCGCGGAGACGACUUCUCAGGGCCUGGCCGGCUCGAACAACAUCACCUCGACCAAUAAUGAGGUGAAAGUAGCAGAGCUAGACGGCAUUUCCACCUUCACCUUGCCAGUGACCAGCUUCAAUGUCCAUGCUACGACUUCUCCGUGGCAGGUUGCUGGCCCCAAAGACGACAAGGGUGCCCCUCUCAACCACAAAGCUUCUGCCACGUCUCAUCAGGUCGAAGGUCUCGACGCGAGCUUUAAUACGACGUCAGAGCUACCCAACCUUGGGCAUGACACGAACAAAGACUCAUCCAACGCCGUCACGAUGUCUAACGAUAAGGAGGCGCUGUGGCUCAUCAACAGUAGCAAGCUUACUCCGGGACUCGGUAAUACCGCCAACAAGACCAAAGAAGAGUCCGGCGCCACAGCGUCCUCUCACGGCGCCGACGUGAGCAUUGCGGCCACAUUGAUCAGGCCCGACUUUCUUCUGGUGACAGUCGCACCAACCAAGACUUCCUCGCACGACGUCGUCGAGCCGUUCUUCGAGCAGCCCGAGUCGCUGUUCAAUGUCGAAGAGCUGUCCCAUUUGCUCUUUGGGUCCGCUUCCGAGCAGCCAUUCGCAAAACGUGCCGGUAAUGCGCCCGCGAAUAAUGUGCCCGCGAAUAAUGCGCCUGCGAAUAAUGCGCCUGCGAAUAAUAACUUAAAAGAGCCACUGAGCGAGCCACUGGAAAUGUACGAGCCGAAUAAAGAAGGCACAGGAGAAGGCGUGCAUUCCUCGUCGAUUGAUGAGGAGCUGGACAUCGAGCAGCUUGCAGAAAAGAUCGCGGCCCAGGACGACUGGAUGGCGCAGACUUGCGGCGGCAGAGACCGCAAAGGUCGCCUACACCACCCUUUCGUGGGUGGCGAAGGUCGCGAGUACUCAGAAGGAUGUUGGUCCGGUGACGUCGAGGGCCGUCUGAUUUUUGAGAAGCAAAGCAGCGAGCUCGAAAACAGGUGCGAUGGUGCUUCGGGGUACUUACACUUCAUCUCGCCUCAUGGGCUAGAAAAGCGUUGUUUGUUCCAGUCAAACGACUUUCGCCGCCGCGAUGUGUCCACCGACGUCCAAAUGCUGGUCCUGGACAAGCGCUGUGGCGGCAUGCGCCAUUCUGGAAACGAAUUUGAGAAGCGUUGCUCGCUCAAUGACCAGGAGACACGCUCCGUCAAAAGGAGUCUCAAAGUGGUUUUGGAUGGCUAUGGGGCGGUUGAGCCCAAGGAAGCGCCAUUGACCAUCGCUGUUGUCCUGCUCGACCCACCCGUUUUGCCCGAGGACGACGUUCAGCACCUUGAUCAACAGACUCAGUUUCUCGUUAAGCGCGGACCAGGCGGGCACGGCAACCAUAAUACUUACGGCAGCUACGGAAGCCACACCGGUUCUGGCUUUUACAGAAAGCCCACAUACAUCGAAAAUUUGGCCAGGAGGGUGAAACAACUACUUGGCAACCUUAAGUCCACGAUUGCCAAGAAGUUCACGGGUAGCAAGAUAUUAACUGGUUUCGCCCAUGAUGCAAAAAGGGUCGGCAUGACGAGGCCGGGCGUUUUCGUAUCCGAAAAACUACUUCCGCCUCUCAAGCAUACAGCUUCGAAGAGCGAAGGAUUCUCCGCCAUCGGCUCAAAACUCAAAAGGCUUGGACAGAAGCUUGGGCAUCGCCUCAAGCAGGCCACUCGCGGCGUAACGAAAGGCUUCAAGAAGCCCGCCAGGGGCAUGAAGAAGCCCGCCAGCUGA